AUGUCUACUCGGAAGGCAGCGCGUGCUGCUGCGACUGUUGGCAAGAGAGUACUUGUAGCUGAUACAAGUAACAAUACAAAUACCAAUAAUAAUAAUAAUUUCACGAAACGACCGCUACCGCAACCACGACCACCCCCAGUAGCACGGAAGAGAUCUCCGGAACAACAGCCAGAGGUCGAAGUAUCACGUGAAGACGACGACGACGACGACGACGACGACGCGCUAAGCUCCGAGUUGAGCUCUGUGGCUACUUCUGACACUGCGUCUGAGUUCGAAUUGAGCGAUGGCGAGAAAGAAACAACAUCGCGGUACUUCCAGAAGUCACGAUUACCAGCAAACAGUAGGGGGCGGCGUGGAAAACUAGGAGCGAAGAUAGAGGAAGCAAUAAAGGCGGAGCCCUCCCCCGAACUCGGCGACCUGCCUGCACACCUCAAGCCCUCCAGCACCAACAAACGCAAGCAUGGGACAACCAAAAAGAACAGCACACCCUCCACGAACCCUCCGCCAAACUGGCAAGCGAUGUACGCUGCUGUCCGCGAAAUGCGCUCCCGCAUCCCCGCCCCAGUAGACACCAUGGGCUGCGAGCGCCUCGCGGACGCUGCCUCAACCCCCAAGAUUCGCAGAUUCCAAACCCUCGUGUCCCUCAUGCUCUCCAGUCAGACGAAGGAUACUGUUAACGCCGUUGCUAUGAAACAGCUUCGGGAGGGACUCCCUGGGGGUCUCUGUUUAGAGAGCAUCCUCGCCGUAGAGCCAAAGCGCCUCGAUGAGCUCAUUCACAUCGUUGGUUUCCACAACCGUAAAACAAUAUACCUCAAAUCCACCGCGGUCCUCCUACGCGAUCGCUUUAGCGGCGACAUCCCCAACACUAUCGCAGACCUCUGCUCUCUCCCUGGGGUUGGGCCAAAAAUGGCACACUUGUGUAUGUCGGCUGCCUGGGAUGAUACGCAGGGUAUUGGCGUGGACGUGCAUGUCCAUCGGAUCACUAAUAUGUGGGGAUGGGUGAGCACCAACACGCCCGAGGAGACAAGGAUCGCACUAGAGGCAUGGCUGCCGAGAGACAGGUGGAGGGAGAUUAAUCACCUUCUUGUUGGCUUUGGGCAGAGCGUGUGUUUACCUAGAGGACGCAGGUGUGGGGAGUGUAGUCUCGCUGAAACAGGGUGGUGUCGAGGGGCCUGGGUUGGGGUGCCAAAGGCGCGGAGGGGCAAUGCUGUAAAGGCUGAAGUAAAGGACGAGGAGGAUGUAGAGGAAGAAGAGAUCAAAGAGGAGGAUGGCGCAGAUGAAAGUGCAGCGAAGGACAUAAAGGAGGAGCCAGGUAUCAAGAUGGAGAAAGGGGAGAGCAUGAGCCCCGUACAGAGCAAGAGACGGAAAGUCAAAAUCGAAGAUGAAGGUGAAGGUGACAGUGCCAACAUUGCCGAUAUAGAGGACGUUAUCCCGGACCUGCAACGGUAG